GAUCUGAGGCCAGACCUAAUCAUCACCGAUCAUCUGAUAGCACUGCCAUCGAUAGUCACAUCAGGUAUUCCCUGGAUAUUCAGUUGGAGUAGUAAUCCUCUGGGUUUAGACACCGGGUUUGCCGAUCCAUCGCUUCCGCCCUCAAUGUUGGGUUUGCCGACAAAUAGCAGCGAAGAGAAGAUCCAAAAAUACCGCCAACUAAUCAACGACGGGAAGCGCGAGCUGUGGUUCAAAUACAGGGACAGACUUACGGCCAGCGGGUGUCCCGAAGUGAAGGACUUUCUGCUGUGGACUCCGUCUCCUUUCGCAAACAUAUACAUAACACCCUUAGAGCUCGACUACACAGACGUCAGGCCAUUGCCCGACACUUUUCACGGCUUUGAUUACUAUAAGCGAUCGGGAGAUCAGGAGUUGGCGUUUGAAUUGCCGGCGAAGUUGGCCAACAGAUCGGGAAAAUUGGUUUACCUAUCGUUGGGUUCAAUGGGCGGCGGAAAUGUCGCUCUAAUGAAGAGAUUGGUCGCGAUUUUGGCCAAAUCUCGGCACCGGUUUAUUGUGUCGAAAGGUGUUAAGCAUAACGAGUAUGAAUUGUCGGCCAAUAUGUGGGGCGAGCGGACAGUACCGCAGCUGCGAGUGUUGCCAAUGUGUGAUGCGGUGGUCACUCACGGCGGCAACAAUACUGUCACCGAAACCAUGUAUUUCGGGAAACCUAUGGUAAUAAUGCCGUUAUUCGCCGACCAAUACGAUAACGCACAGCGAGUAAUGGAAAAAGGGUUUGGUUUACGAGUCGAUGCCUGGAAGUGCUCUGAAGAGGAAUUAUUGCAAUCCAUUGAUAGCGUAUUGAAGAACACAGUUAUGGCCGAAAAGUGUGCGAAAGCUUCGCUUAGGAUUCAAACCGAGAGACGGAUUGAGAAAUUAGUUGAUUUAGUCCAC